UUCAUUUUCGGGAAAACAUUCCCAUAACAGCAGAUUUUUUUGUUCUGUUUUGGGGAAUCGAAUUUCAUAACAGGACAUUUGUUCUAACAUGGGAAUACAACAAUGACAAGUUUUUAAAAAAAGGCCAAUAGACUCGGUCAGAUAUGACUUGUCUGGAGUCAGUUGAAGUCAGUUGAAAUCAAUUGAAGUCAUUUGGAGUCAAGUGGAGUCAGUUGGCGUGUUGAAGUCUGGAGUUCGCUGUUUCUCCCUUGAUAUGUACUCAAACUUUUUGUAAGCUGUAUACGACGCUCCGGUAUCAAUAUUCAAUUUAAAAUAGAUCAGAUUUGGCAUAAAUACAGAAAAUUCUUCAAGAUUAUUUAUGCGAAUUACGUGAUAAUAUUUCAGUUAUACCUUAAACAUAAAAAAGUGCAAAUUUAUGUACCAUUAAUACUACAUAUGAUAAUAUCAGAAUUAGAAAGAGAUAUUGAGUUCAAAUUGCUUGCAAUAAAAUUGGAAAUAUCUUAUCUUCCUUUAACUUACCUGUAGAUAUUUGAUUUUUGGAAUAUACCGAACUAGUAAAAGUAAUUGAUCAAAAGUGCAACUAUCAAUUAUUAAAUUCUCUACAUUAAUUGAAUCUAUCCAUUUAAAGCGAAUAUUUGAAUUCAGUACCAAUCGGCAACGUUUCAAUUUAGAAAUCUUAUCACUAGAAAUUAAUUCUGUCAUUUCCUUGGUAGCAGUUUCUAUUUUAAUACAGACACUCGUUAAUUUUGUUAAAUUACCAAUUGAAUCCAUGAUGUGGUGGAAUCGUUUCUCAGUAGGUUCAAUUAUUAAAAGUGAACUCAAAUUUGAGAACUGAGAAAGAUGAAAUGUUUUGAAAUAUAAGUCAAUUUCACCAUAGUUUACUUUAUCGGAUAGGCAAAGUGUCUUUAAAUUAGCCGAGAAAAAUGGUACGACAUAUUUGCAACAAUAAUCAAAGUCAUAUUUUGUUUGUGUUGUUAAAUCAAUCUGAAUUGGAAGCAUACUCGUGUCAGUAUAAUAUUCAAUCGAUAAUUAAAAUUAUGAAAUAACCGUAAUACAUCGAUUGAACUGAUAUAAUUGAAUAUAAUUAAUAAAAUUUCGUUCGGUAAACAUUCAAGUGUAGAUAUCGACAUACUUAUUCAUAUAUCUAGAAUAAGUACAAAAAUACCAUGUUAUUUUAGGACUACAUCAUAAGUUGCAGUUAUACUUAUAUUACAGGGAUAAUUCUGUAUUCCUUUUGUGGAAACAAAUUCAGUAUCUAUUGAGCAAGUGAUGAAUCGACUCGAACGAUCGUUCAACCUAGAUCCAAUCUUUGCAUUUGAUGCUUUGACUAAUUACGGUAUUUGCCUUCUUCAUCAAGGUAAAUUACCGAGCGAAUAUAAAACGAUAGCGAAGUCUUAUUUAACCAAAGCACAAAAACAGGUUGGUGAAUAUAUUUUACCACAAUUAUAUAUAAUUGAAGAAUCACAAAAACUUAUCAAUAUCACUGAUACAGUUGAUACAACACAGAAGAUCGGUCGAAAGUUGUAUAAUGACGAAGUGAAAGAAUUUCUUGAUAAUUGUUUAGGUUCAAUUGAUAUUAGUUUCAAUCAUUUGAAAGUCCAUCAUGAUUGCGGAAGAUAUGAUCAAGCAAUCGAUUUAUUCAAGCUAUUAACCGAUGACGAACGUGUUUCAAUCCAUUUUCUAGAAACCAAUCUUGACGCAAUGAAGAAAAUCACAGAUGUUCCAGAAUCUGUCACUGUUCGAUUGAAUAUUGAAUAUCUCGAUGCUCCUGAAGUGAUACAACUGAUGGAAAAUCGAUCGGCUGAUUUGACCUUAACAUCAACAGCAGCUGAAAAUUAUCUGACAGCCAUCGAAAUCAUGAAUACAAAUGUCACAAUCAUUACAGACACCUCACGCCAAGUACUAUCGUCUUCCGAAGCGAAAACGCGUAUAGUUACUCAAAGUGAAUCAAUCAAAUCGGUUCUGUUCCCAUUGAUCAACGUAGAAAACUUCAAGAAAAUCCAUGAAAAAAUGGAUAAAGUUCCAUAUGCAUUGACUUUUCAAAGUUUAACUAUUUCUCAAAUGAAAAAGAUGAUCGAGACACUUGAAAAACCAUUUUCCGUCGACUUACAUUCUUUAACUACCAAACAAUCCACAUCCGUAGUCAAAAAAAUCGAUGAUCGUAAGAAUUUCACGGUCACGGUACUCAAUUUGACAAAAGAACGUGCUCAAACUAUUGUUCAAUCAUUCAAUCCAAAAGAAGAAAAUGUUAAAGCAAGUUUUACACGUCUAGUAGAUCAAUUUCCGAAAACCGAUCAACCACAUGAAGAACUCAAUACUUACGACAUGUUAGGUAUUCGUGUUUUGAUCAUUGUCGAUGAGCUCGAACCACGACCAUGGAUUAGUGUAAGUAUAGUCGUUGCUUUAGGCAAGGGGGAAAAGGCGGCUCCGGGAGCUUUCCGGAGCCCUUGA